AUGGUGGAAUAUGAUACACAGAAGAAGAAUCCUGUAUAUCAUCUAGGAUCGAGUGAUGGACCAGGAACUAUCAUCACGCCAAUAGUUAUGAGAGGAAGUAAUUAUGAUGAAUGGGCUAGAGCCAUAAGAAGAUCGCUGAUAGCCAAGAGAAAAUAUGGCUUCAUUGAUGGAACUAUUAAGCGACCUGAGGAUCCAGAUCAGUUAGAAGAAUGGAUAGCAGUGCAAUCAACGUUGGUGUCAUGGAUUGCUAACACGUUGGAGUUGUCAGUAAGAUCAACCCUGGGAGAUUAUGAGGAUGCAAGUCUAUUAUGGGCACACUUGAAGAGAAGAUUUUGCGUUGUUAGUAUGUUAAGAGAAGAAGAUUUCUUGCACUAUUUUCUGAUUGGGUUGGAUUCUGUAUACAGUUCUUUGCGUGAACAAUUGCUUGCAAGGGAACCAUUGCCGUCUGUAGACGUUGCAUAUCAAACCAUUGUGAACUCAGAACGCCUGAAGAUUGGAGAUGGAGCAGUACCUACAGAGAUGCAGGAGAAUGUUAUGGCCUUCAAGGUGCAAGCUGAUCAACGACUACUUAAUAAAUGGUGGGGAGACAGGCCGAAGAAUGGCAGAGGAGGAAGAACUGGAGGAAGAGGACGUGCGGGAAGAGGAGGUAGAGGACAAGGAGGUAAUCCUGUCCGUGCUCAUAACCUGCAUGUUUCGGCAACAAAAGAUAGUGCUGGUACGUCAUCAGCUGAUGAAACGUCUCUAGUAGGAGUUACAGCAGCACAGGUUCAACAGGUGAUGGAGUUUUUAAACUCAAGAAAAUCGGGUUCUCAUCUACAAGGUAAAAAGAAUGAAACCUCUUGGAUUGUUGACACAGGAGCAACAAACCAUGUUACGUAUGAACUUCUUAACAUGAUAAAUGUAAGAGAUAUUAGGGCAUGUUCUGUUGGAUUUCCUGAUGGAAAGUAUGCAUCCUCUGAGAAAAUAGGAACUGUGAUUCUUCCUGGUGGAUUGAAACUUGAAAACCAAGAUGUCGAUGUUCAACGUCAGACUACAACUGCAGGAAAACAGGCAGUUGUGACAAAUGAUGGACAAGCCACAGAUGCUGCAGUUGGGAAUGAUGAUUUAGGUAAGGGGAAGCGUCAGAAGAUUCCCUCGAGUAGGCUGAAAGGUUUUUCUGAGCCGAGGAAUUUCAGAGAGGCAAUGAAACAUCCAGGUUGGAGGAAAGCAAUGGCAGAAGAAAUACGGGCCUUAGAAGAACAAGGCACGUGGGAUCUAACAGAAUUGCCACCUGGUAAGAAAGCUUUAGGAAGUAAGUGGAUAUAUACGGAAAAGUAUGAUGAAAAUGGGAGUUUGGUGCGUUUAAAGGCGAGACUUGUGAUUUUUGGAAAUCAUCAAGUUGAAGGAUUAGAUUACAAUGAAACGUUUGCACCAGUGGCAAAAAUGACAACUGUUCGUAUGUUCUUGGCUGUUGCUGCAGCUAAACAGUGGAAUGUGCAUCAGAUGGAUGGAAAAAUGCAACUUAAUGUGCUGGUGUAUGUUGAUGAUUUGAUUAUUGCAGGAAAUGAUCUAGUUGCGCUUACACAAUUUAAAGCAUACUUGGGUCAAUGUUUUAAGAUGAAAGAUUUAGGAAAGUUGAAAUACUUCCUAGGAUUGGAAGUGGCUCGUAGUAAACAAGACUGGGCUAGUUGUCCUCUCAGUCGUCGGUCCCUUACUGCACAUUUUGUUUUACUGGGAGGAUCUCCUAUUUCUUGGAAAACAAAGAAGCAAACAACGAUAUCUCGAUCUUCUGCUGAAGCCGAAUACCGUGCUAUGGCUUCUACCACUUGUGAAAUUAUAUGGUUAAAAGGUUUACUCCGGAUCCUUGGUAUAAAGCACCCUACACCGGUUCCUCUUCAUUGUGAUAGUCAGGCUGCUUUGCACAUUGCUAACAACCCUGUUUUUCACGAAAGAACCAAGCAUAUCGAGAUUGAUUGCCAUUUCGUGCGUGAUGAACUUCUUCGUGGUACUAUAGCUCCAUCUUAUGUUCAUACUGCUUCUCAGCUAGCUGACAUUCUCACUAAAGCUUUGGGUCGUAAACAAUUCCAAUCUCUUCUUCUCAAGUUGGGCAUUUCGACUCUUCAUGCUCCAACUUGA